AUGGAGCACUGUUUGAAAGAUGCAGAUUUUCUUGAAGAUUGCAAGUUUUCGAUCCAGGAAACUCAGGAUGCCUUUCAGACCUUGUCCUGUCUUACAAAAAAAUUGAUUGUUACAAAGGUUCCCCGCGAAGUCUAUACUGAUGCUGCUUCAAAGGCUCUUUUCGAAAGCGUCUUUCGCCACUUUGACGACGCUUGCAGCUUUGUCUACCUCCCUAGUUUCAGUCGAGUCUUGGUGACAAUGUCUUCAACGGAGGCAGCAUUCAUGGCUCGUUUCGAGACUCAGGGAUGGCGGCUUCCAAAAAACACCCCUCAUGCUGAUGGCACUGACGAUGACCCUAAUGAGGCAACUGCAGACCAGGGUAUCCGAUGCUAUUUUGCAGAAAUAGACGAUCAGGAUGUGCAGCCAGCGGGUCCACGGCCAAAGUUGGUGCUUGGUGCGGCCGGUGCCAGCGCGAAACAGACUUCCUUCGAAGAUGAGGAGCUGACCGAUGAGAACACAGAGGAGGAAAUCGACGAAGGCUACCUCGCUCCGCCUAAACCCUCCCGUCUAUUCCUUCUUUCUCCGCCUGCCUCCCCUCCUGUUGGUUGGGAACCUCGCGUAGAGGCCGAACCCUGCAUCAAUUAUGAUCUCCUGAGUGCUAUCGCUAGUUUGGAACCAGGUCGGGUGCCAUUUGUUGUUGUUUCUACCACCACUACGACUUUUGUAACCUUUUAUGCGGUUGAUGGGUAG